AUGCCUUCACUAUCCUCAGCCCGCUAUGGAAAGGACAAUGUCCGCGUGUACAAGGUAGAGAAAGAUGAAGCUACCAAGACACACACUGUUGUGGAGUACACAGUAACCGUUCUACUGGAAGGCGAUAUCGAGAUCUCAUACACUGAGGCGGACAAUAGUGUCGUGGUUGCGACGGACACGAUGAAGAAUACAACCUAUAUCAUGGCAAAACAGAACCCUAUCACCCCCCCGGAGCGAUUCGCCUCGAUACUGGGCAGCCACUUCGUUGACACCUACAAGCACAUCCACUCGGCCCACAUUACCAUUGUCCAGCACCGAUGGACCAGGAUGACAGUGGACGGCAAGCCACACCCCCACUCCUUCUUUAGAGAUGGAGCCGAGAAGCGAGUGGUGCAAGCCGACGUAUAUGAAGGCAAGGGCAUCGAGAUCCGUUCUGGCAUCUCAGACCUCCUUGUGCUCAAGAGUACCGGAUCAGAGUUCCACCACUUCAUCCGCAACGACUUUACCACCCUGCCGGACGUCUAUGACCGUAUUCUCAGCACCUCGGUUGAUGCAGGCUGGCAAUGGUCGACAUUCAAAGAUCUUGAUGCUGUCAAGAGUGAAGUCGCCAAAUUCGACGAGACCUGGGAGAAGGCGCGUGAGAUUACAUUCAGACUCUUCGCCACCGAGGAGAGCCCUAGUGUCCAAAAUACCAUGUACAAGAUGAGCGAAGAAAUCCUGGCGGCACAGCCGCUCGUCCAGAAGGUCGACUACUCCCUUCCUAACAAGCACUACUUCGAGAUCGAGCUGUCCUGGCACCACGGGUUGAAGAAUACAGGCAAGGAUGCCGAGGUGUAUGCGCCGCAAUCAGAUCCCAACGGAUUGAUCAAGUGCUCGGUAUCACGAUAA